AUGGCACCACUUAUCAUUCUAAUACGCCACGGCGAAGCUCUACACAAACAAUGCAAAGCUCUCGCAGAAAAACUCGAGUCGAGUUUCGACUUUGCCCCGGAACAGUGCCGCAUAGUUGUGAGCCCCUUAAGAAGGACGUUGCAGACGGUGCAAUGCGGCCUACAGUGGCUUCGAAACCGUGGAGUCCCUACCGAAGUUCGUGCGGAAUGGCAGGAAACCACAGAUAAACCUUGUGACAUUGGUGAUGAUCCCGAAGUGAUCAAGCAUGAAUGGCCCGACUUCGAUUUUUCGACUUUAGACCCAGUCUAUCCGCAGAAGACCGGUCUAUACGAAAACUCAGAAGAGGCCUUCAAGAGGAGGGCAUCAUUUGCCAAACAAUGGCUCUUUGAACGGCCCGAAAAGUGCAUCAUCGUUGUCACGCACUCGGGGUUCUUAAGGAGACUCAUCAAUGGGCCGAAAUAUGAAAAUGUAGAGUAUAGAACAUAUGAACUUGUCAAAGAAGAGGAUGACCUAAAACUCAACGAGAUCGACAGAUAUGUCUUUGAUCAAGCAUAG